CUUCGUUUGCCCUAUAAUUCUCCCACAAUGAAUGCGAAUCAAUCUGCCGUCAUCGAUUUUCUCAGAGCAUCCAUGGAGAAGGAGCACAAGGCCAAAUCCAGAAUACCUAAACCUCCGACCAGGUUACAGAAGCAAGCGCCGGCGAGUCUUCAUCUCGAUCAAGUUUCGAGCACCUCCAUGGCUCCUGGUGGUGCCGAGACUUCUUCGAAAGCGAUUCUUCCUCUUCUGUCGCCGCUCCCUUUGUCGCCGCAACCUUGGCCGGAAACGGAGGAAAAUAAUACUAAUAGAGUAUCAGCAGCAAACGAAAAUGCCGUAGACGGCGGCGGUGACCAACGAGGGGAAAUGAGUAGAUGGGCAAACUUCACUGAACAAAUAGAAGGUACAGCUAUCGGAAAUGGAAGGGACAUUUUAUGGUGGAAAGCGGACCCCUCCGGCCGUUUCACAGUCAAUUCAGCCUUCAUGGCUCUCACGUCCCCUUCUUCUAAACUUAAUUCAGCUACAGAAAACUUGAUACGAAAUUUUAGAGUCCCUAAAAUUCUCCAUUUGGACUUUAUUCUAUAGAGGGGUAAAUACUGCAUAAACUUGAGAGGAAAUUACCUCAUUGGAAUCUAUCUCCCUCUGUGUGCAAUGUGUAUGAGCAACAAUGAAACAGUGGACCACCUAUUUCUCCAUUGCCCUUUUGUUUCCAAAAGUUUGGGGGUUUAUAGCUUCUUUGCUAGAUUUCUCUCUCUGCAUUCCUAGAAGAAUUGAGGAUUUCAUUGCUGAAGAUUAUGGAGGAAGGCAGCUCAAGGGCAAAGCUUGGGUUCUUUGGAAUUGUGCGGCCCGGACUCUUUUAUGGUCGAUAUGGAAGGAACAGAAUAGUCGGCUUUUUGAAGAUAAGUUGAUUUUGUUAGAUUCUUUUUGUGUGAAUAUUAAGCAUCUAGCUUCUUGGCGGGCUUUACUACACAAGAAAGUUUUUUGUAACUACAAUCUUCUUUUGCUUACACAAGAUUGGAAAGCGGUGAUUGUAUAGAGCUUUGGAGAGGGUUAGCUCUACCCUCCGCCUUUUGUUUGUAUCCCUUUUAGGGGCCUUCUUGUUUUGAAUACACAUAUUUUGUUUCUUAUCAAAAA